AGGCGAUAGUAGACCUCCGUAUUUACACUCCAAUGAUAAAGAUUCCAGGCCUAUUUAUAUAAAUACUAUUAACACAUUGGCUAGUGUCAAGAUCUUGCUAAUUAUUUUGUGCAAUAUGAACGCUUUAUUGCAUUGCAGAAGGAGGAAUGAUCAGUAAGGUUAUACUAAGUUUCGUUUUCGAUUCAUUCACCAGCUUCCUUCUCAACACAUCAUUUCCUCGUCAGAGUUCCGAACCAUAUGGAAAGAAUAUAGCUGUGUUUAACGGGUUGAAGAAAUGACGGAAUCGACAAUAACUAAACUUAUUUGUGCUAAUCGUGGAUCAAUGAACGUCGAUGAAUUAGAUGCAAAUUUUUACAGUGACUUGCAAGUCUCGGUGCGGGAUGUAAUUACGAAUAGAGCGAAAUUUUGUUUUGUUGUUUCUAACGGAGAGGAAAGGGUGUUAGCCAAGACUGGAGUUCGACUGUGCAAAUCCAAAGAUUGCCAGGGAUGCCGAAAUUUACAUUUUUGUAAACGAUUCAUGCUUGGGGAUUGCCCAUUCAGUCGGAGAAGAGGAGGAUGUCGCUUCAACCAUGAAAUGACCUCGGGGGAGAACAGCAGAAUCCUGAAAGAACACGGACUGGAGGAACUGAACAGACCUGAGCUGUGCACCCUGCUGCUUCAGAAUGAUGGCUUCCUCUUACCACCAGUGUGCCACAACUACAACAACGGCGUUGGAGAGUAUGGCAAAUGCCAGGAUGGCGAGACAUGCAAGAGGCUCCACAUCUGUGAGAUGUAUCUCAGGGGUAGCUGCAACUGUCCCAGGUGUCAUGAUUUCUACGAACCCCACCCAUUAAAAAUCCUGCAGGACAGAGGGGUGCCCAACGAGCUCAUUGCCUCCCUGAAGUCUGUGUACAUGAACAUCGAGUGGUUGCAAAAGCAAGACCGUGCCAUGCAAGGCAAGGGGCAACAUCAAAGAGCUAAAGCUAAUGCAACCACUAACACAAGUAACAAGUCUAACAGAGGCCCRCUUACUCACGGUGCUGCAGAAACUCCAGCACCCCUAUUUCCCGCUCCUAUGCUCGCCAGACUCAGGGCGCUCCACCUCCAAGAGGUUGAGCAUGAUACUGCUACUCCUGCUGCCACCGCUGCCCUUAACACAAGCCAGAGGUCCAACAGACCUAGUCAAGAUAAAUCUGAAAUAUGUAUGUACUUCAUCAAGGGCAGUUGCAUACACGGUGAUAAGUGCUUUAAAGCCCACUCUACCAUGCCCUACCAAUGGGAGGUGAGGGAGGGACUAAACUGGACAGCUCUACAAGACAACGAGGUGAUUGAGAAGGACUAUUGCGACCCAGCAAAGACAUACAGUCGGGGAGUCCAGCCUGUGUGUUUCGAUACGAUGACCUGCGGUCUGAACAAAGCCCGGCGUCUCUCCACCGUCUCCUCUGUGCUACAGCCUACCUUCAUCCUCACCACGGAGUGGGCCUGGUUCUGGGAGGACGAGUUUGGAAACUGGAUCCAGUACGCAUCAGCAAUCAGUGGACACAGGGCAGCCACCAUCACCAGUGAAGACCUGGAGAAGAGGUUCCAGGAAGACAACAAGGCUGUGAUAGAGUUCACCGCGGGGUCACAGACCUAUGAACUCAGUUUCCCUGACAUGAUUCAAAAUAACAAGCAGUACAGCAGCAAGAAGGUUGUGAGAAGACGGCCUGUGUUUGUCUCUUCAGCUGAUGCACAAACUAUCAAAACCAGAAAAAGGGCUCCGAGCAAUCACUCAAAUUUCAGAGCUUUACCAGGACACUGGGACAAGGCACAAACUCCUGAAACAGGAUACAAGAGAGUCGACCUUCCGUGCUCGUCAGUGGAGUUUAAGGAGAUUCAAGGGCUUUUUCAGAACACCAUGAGAGGCUUCAGCAUCCACCAAAUCGAGAGGAUUCAGAACAAAGCCCUUUGGGAAGUCUUUCAGUGGCAAAGGGAUCUCAUGAAGAAGAACAACAGAGGGAGGAAUGUGACAGAGAAACAGCUUUUCCAUGGCACAGACUCCAAAUACCUCGAUGCCAUCUGCCUUAACAACUUUGACUGGCGGAUCUGUGGACUAAACGGAACAGCCUAUGGGAAAGGGAGUUACUUUGCCAGGGAUGCCAAAUACUCCAACAGCUACACUGGCCAAUUAAAUACGAGGUCCAUGUUUGUCUGUCGUGUGUUGGUGGGAGAUUACAUCAAAGGGCACUCGAGCUACCUCCGGCCCCCCUCGAAGGACGGAGGGGACACCAUMUUCUACGACAGCUGUGUGGAUGACGUCAGCAACCCCUCCAUCUUUGUGGUGUUUGAGAAGCACCAGGUGUACCCAGAGUACCUCAUCCAUUAUGGUGAGGACGAGGCAUGGCCACAAGUCUACCAGCAAUACUACAGUCCAGCUCCUGUACCUGCUCCUGCUCCAGCACCAGCAUACAGACCAGCUCCUGUACCUGCUCCUGCUCCAGCACCAGCAUACAGACCAGCGGCUGCCACAGCGCCUAGACCAGCACCAGCAUACAGACCAGCGGCUGCCACAGCGCCUAGACCAGCACCAGCAUACAGACCAGCGGCUGCCACAGCGCCUAGACCAGCACCAGCAUACAGACCAGCGGCUGCCACAGCGCCUAGACCAGCACCAGCAUACAGACCAGCGCCUAGACCAGCACCUUUGUUUGACCCAUUGGGUGAAUAA